AUGCUGGAAAACCGCCUGAGGGGCCUGCUUGAACGGCGGCAGCAGUCCUACGAGCAACUGCGGGAUGAAGCGGAUGAUGAGGUUAUUGACCAUGGCGUGUCGUGCAGUGACAGCGGGCUUCCGCUGGAGGACUACGCAUCUUCACCUUUCUCAUGGCUGGAGUACUCCAUCUUCUUCUGGAUGGGAAUGAAUAUGCUUUGGGCUUGGAACAUGUUUUUGGCCGCAGCCCCAUACUUCCAGCUCCGCUUCGCAUCCAACCCUUGGGUCAAGGCAAACUUCCAAUCCUGCAUCUUGUCCGUUUCCUCCAUCGUCAACCUAGCUGCAGUCCUGGUCCUGGCAAAACUACAGAUGAAUGCCUCCUAUCCCCGGCGUAUCACCUCAUCUCUGAUCCUCAACAUGGUCAUCUUCACCCUGUUGGCUCUGUCCGCCAUUUUAUUCCGCUCCGUCUCCGUCCCCAUCUACUUCACCUUCCUCCUCGUGAUGGUUCUGGGUGCCAGUAUUGCAACAGGGUAUAAUCAGAAUGGGCUGUUCGCAUAUGCAUCUGGGUUUGGACGGAGUGAAUAUACACAGGCCAUCAUGGCAGGACAAGGCGUGGCGGGUGUUCUACCAUGUAUAGUCCAGAUCCUCUCAGUCAUCGCUGUGUCGGAGAAAAGUGAGGGCGUGAGCGACAAAGAGAUGCAAUACAAAUCAUCCAAAUCAGCUUUCGCAUUCUUCAUCACCGCCACCCUCGUGUCCGCCAUCUCCUUCCCCGCCUUCCUCUACCUCCACCGUCGUCAAAAGAAGUUAACCCUCUUCAAAACCGCCAUCCCCAUCGGACCAACUGACGAAGAGCCCGAAUUCUCUACAACAAAUAUCACCACCACCACAAAGCCAAGGACUCAGUCCCGCUCUGGACCCUAUUCCAAAAACUCCGCUGGAUGGCACUGGCUGUCUUCCUAUGUUACGCAAUCACAAUGGCCUAUCCCGUCUUCACCAAUCAGAUCCGCAGCGUCAGAGACACGAACACGGGCACGACACCCACCAAACCCCUCCCCCUCCUCUUCCGAUCUCCCAUCUUCAUCCCCCUAG